AUGUUGAUCGGCACAAAUGAAGGCGAACAUUCAUUUUUAAUUGAAUUGUUAUUUCAAGAAAGUACUCUUGUUCGCCUUUUAACAACAUUAAUGGGCCAUUUUGAUAGUUUAUUAGAAGAUUGGUAUCCUAAACUCGGCAAUCGAUUUGUUCAGAAUGCCAAAGAUGAUUAUUUAAUAAAUCUUUUUAUUCCUUGUCAUCGAUGUUUAACUGAAUUCAAUUCAACGGAAAAACCUCUUUGUCAAACAUUUUGGUUAGAAAUGUUGAUGAUGCUGAUUGAAAAACAACAGGAAAUAAAAUGGGAAAUACUUGCUUUAAUACGAACAGGAAAAUUGUUAUGUUUAUUAUAUAAAUCAUGGGAUUCAAAUAUGCUUGAAUAG